AUGGCAGGAGGCUUAAUGAACUCAAUCCAUGCCCCGAAGGCGCAUCAACCACCGCCUUCCUCAUCGCAACCCCAAUCUCACCAUUCUCAUGACGAGGGCGACUCCUUCCACGAUGGUCCAGGCCCAAAGUCCAAGAGGAACCGGCCACCACGCAAGAAGCAACUCAUGAAAUACAUCCCAAAGCCGGACCCCGAGCCUCAGCAGCAAUCACCACCAGCAGCGGCGGCGGCAGCAGCAGCAUCAGCGCCCGUUAAGCCUCCUUCUCCACCAAGGAAGACAUCGCCUAAACGACAGACGCAGGCUCAAGCUCAACCAAAGCCACCCGUCACCGUCGCUCCCAAUCCUCCACCUCCCAUCACCACGACCACCUCCAUCCCCAUCAGGACCAACACCUCUCCCAUCGCGAAAUCACCCACCACUCCCAAAUCCCCCGUCCGCGUUAGCCCCUCCGCCAAACACGAACUGAUUCGCUACACCAAGAUCGUCCGCCGCCUCAAAUGGAAGCUGCCCUUCCUAGCAUCUGGCUACGCCCUCGCGCUUAAGGGGCGCGAUCCCAAGCACGGCGACGCCGUCAUCAGCGGCGUCGUGCUCAACGAGGGGGAGAUCAUGUUCAAGCUUGAUUUCUUUGAGUACUACAUGCUUAUCGAGCGCGCACUGGUGCAUUUGUUGGGGGUGUUUGGGAUUACAGUUAGUGGAGAUGGGAUUCGCGGAAAGGGGUUGGCGGGGAGUCGGUUUAGUGGGCAAGGUUGUCAGGCUGGAGGAGGAGGAGGAGGAGGAAGGGAGAGUAAGGGGGGUAGCCGUGGGGGAAGUCCUAAGGAGGGUUCACCUAAUCGUGCUGUUGCGGCGGGGGAAGCGGCUUCUGGGAAUGGGGGAAAGUUCCAGCAUCGGUAUCACGCCCAUGUGCUGGAAGCGUUCGAUUCGCCUGUUCACCCACUACAUGACAUCUUGGGCAAGGGGGAAGUGCGCAAGCAACUGCAGCGGGCAAAGGACUUGCGUAACCGGUGGAAGACGGCUGAUUCGGAGGCGGAGGAGGAUGAGCGGCGGAAGCUGACAGCGCCGCUGGAGAGUUAUGAUGUGGAGAAGAUGCUGGAGACGAUCUUCCAGGGGUUUGACGCGGCGUUCUUGAUUGCCGAGUGGCAUGUCAGAGACAAGGAGGGUGGUUUGGAGAAGGGCGCGCAGUCCAAGUCGCUGAACUGGGCAGAUGAUGAUGAUGAGGAUGGUGAUGCGACCAUGAUGGAUUGGGCGGCGCAGGAGGCUGAUCAGUGGGAGUUUAUGGUGGAUGCUAUGGAUUGGGAAGCUGUCUGA